UAUAUAUUUUUAAAAUUAUUCGUACUGAGGAUGUGUUUCAAGCCACGCCUCGGCUUACACAGAAUUACGAAGCAGGUGAAUAAAUGGCUGAAUCGUCAACAGUACGCCGCUAUAAGUACGGCCGCAGUAGUGGUCCAAUAUCAUGAGGAACCGGACAAGUCGGAUGGUGACCGAAAGCUUUACCGUUCCUUGAGCCUAUCGAAUGGAUUGCGAGCCAUGCUAAUAUCUGAUCCCUAUAUUGAAGAUCCACCAAUCCAGCAGGCGUCCAGUGAAAGUAUGAGUUCCUCGAUUGAGCAUUUUCAUGGCAAAUUAGCAGCUUGUGCUGUACUUGUGGGCGUUGGAUCGUUCAGUGAACCGCGACAAUAUCAGGGAUUAGCCCAUUUUGUGGAACACAUGAUAUUUAUGGGAUCUGAGAAAUUUCCCGUUGAGAAUGAAUUUGACUCGUUUGUGACGAAAAGCGGAGGAUUCAGUAAUGCGCAUACUGAGAACGAGGAGACCUGCUUCUACUUUGAGGUGGAUGAGACGCAUCUCGAUAGGAGUAUGGAUCUCUUUAUGAAUUUGAUAAAGGCUCCACUGAUGCUUCCGGAUGCCAUGAAUCGCGAACGCUCGGCUGUGCAGUCUGAAUUCGAGCAGACCUAUAUGAGAGAUGAAGUGCGUCGGGAUCAGAUUUUGGCGAGCUUAGCUAGUGAUGACUAUCCGCAGGGCACUUUCAGCUGGGGUAACUUAAAGACCCUUCAAGAGGGCGUCGAUGAUGGCCAGUUGCACAAGGAACUUCACAAGUUUUGCCGUGAUCACUACGGUGCCAAUCGAAUGAUAGUGGCAAUCCAGGCUCAACUUUCGCUAGAUGAACUGGAGGAAAUGCUAAUGCGACAUUGUGCAGAUAUACCGGUUAGCCAAGAGAACUCAGUUGACGUCUCGAGGUUUAAUUACCAAACAGCCUUUCGUGAAGAGUUUUUCAAUGAUGUCUUCCUCGUUCAGCCCGUUGAAGAUGUAUGCAAACUGGAGUUAACUUGGGUUGUGCCACCCAUGAAGAACCUGUAUCGCAGCAAGCCGGACUAUUUGAUCUCACAACUUCUGGGCUACGAGGGAGUUGGCAGUCUCUGUUCGUAUUUACGUCGACGUCUCUGGUGUAUUAGCGUGAUGGCAGGAGUGGGCGGCAGUAGUUUUGACUCAAACUCGAUAUACUCCUUGUUCAAUAUUUGUAUUUACCUAACUGACGAUGGGUUCGAUCACUUGGACGAGGUAUUGGAGGCGACGUUUGCUUGGAUCAAACUUAUCAUUAAUAGCGACCAACUUCAGGCUUCUUUUAAGGAACUUCAACAAAUAGCAAAUAAUAAUUUUCGAUUUCAAAUUCAAAUGCCCUCCAUUGAUAAUGUUCAAAGCAUGGUGGAGAGCUUGAAUUACCUGUCACCGAAAGAUGUGCUCACAGGACCUCAGCUUUACUUUCAAUACGAUGAAGCGGAUAUUGAGCUUCUAAGGCAGCAUCUAGAUAAAUUUAAUUUUAACAUAAUGAUCUCAUCGUACAUGCCAUAUGAGGGAAAUGAAUACGAUCAGAAGGAACCUUGGUUCGGAACUCAAUACAAAACCAUUCCGAUGCCUUCAAAAUGGGUAGACAUGUGGCAAGAACCGGCAACACUGAAGGAAUUGCACUUUCCCCAACCAAAUCCCUUUGUAACCACCGAUUUCACACUUCAUUGGGUUGAAGCAGGAAAGCCACAUAUUUCAAGAAGUCCUAAGGCACUGAUCAAAACCGAUUUAUGCGAGCUGUGGUUCCGGCAGGACAACAUCUUUCAACUUCCCGAUGGAUACAUUAACCUCUAUUUCAUCACUCCUCUUGUUCGAGAAAGUGUUAAGCAUUAUAUGCUUGGAGUGCUUUACACCUAUCUAGUGGAGUUCAAAAUAGCUGAGCAGUUGUACCCAGCUUUAGAGGCAGGAUUAACAUAUGGUCUUUACAUCGGUGAUAAAGGAUUAGUUAUGCGGGUCAGUGGUUACAAUGAAAAGCUUCCUCUCUUGGUGGAAAUAAUUCUAAACGUGAUGCGAUCUAUAGAACUAGAUGUGGAUCAGGUGAACUCCUUUAAGGACCUCAAAAAACGGCAAAUAUACAAUGCUCUCAUAAACGGAAGAACUCUAAACCUUGACUUGCGCCUCAACGUAUUGGAAAAUCAACGUUUUGGCAUGAUCUCCAAAUAUGAAGCCAUUGAUGCAAUAACAGUAGAAGACAUUAGCAACUUUAAAGAUAAUUUUCAUAAGAAAAUGUACGUUAAAGGUUUGAUGCAAGGAAAUUUCACUGAAGACCAAGCAAAAGAGCUAAUGCAAAAGAUACUUCUCACCUAUAACAGCGAAAAGGUGGAUAAUUUGUCGGCUCUGGAUAAUAACCUACUUCAAAUACCCCUGGGAUCGCAUUAUUUAAGGGCCAAAACACUCAACGAUGAUGACUCAAAUACAAUUAUUACAAACUACUAUCAAAUAGGGCCAUGCGAUCUUAAAUUGGAAUGUUUAAUGGAUCUGAUUGAGUUAAUUGUAGAGGAGCCGUUCUUCAACCAAUUAAGGACCCAAGAGCAGUUGGGCUACAGCUUGGGCAUUCAUCAGCGAAUUGGAUAUGGUGUCAUGGCUUUUGUAAUCACCAUAAAUACGCAAGAGACAAAGCAUAAGGCUGAGUAUGUUGAGCGACGUAUUGAAGCCUUUCGAUCUCGAAUGUCCGAACUUGUCUCACAAAUGAGUAAUGAGGAGUUUAAGAAUAUCCAAGAAACUCUAAUCAGUGGCAAAAGGCUGGGCGACACGAGUUUGGAUGAGGAAGUUAUGCGAAAUUGGAGUGAAAUCGUCACCAAGGAAUAUUUCUUUAAUCGCGUCGAAAUGCAAAUACAAACGCUGAACAAUUUGACUAAGGAUGAUGUUUUGAAUUUCCUGAAUGAUUAUGAUAGAAAUAAUCUAAGAAAACUUUCUGUCCAAGUUGUGGGAAACCAUACGUUGCCAUCAGGAUCAACCACACAGGCAAAUUCUCGAUCCGGAUCUUUGUCAGACUUAUUGGAAGAUGGUCAACACGAUAUACCAAAGGAACAAUCUAAGCCAAUGGCCGAAAAGAUCAGGAUUGAGUUUUUGGGAGAGAACGACGACCCCUCGAAUAUUAAGGAUAUUUCGGCCUUUAAAAAAUCUCUUUAUGUCUAUCCGCUGAUCAAUACGAAUCCAAAUCUUGCAAACAAAUCUUAA